GCCCCUCCCCCUGGCCGCCGGGUUCCUGGCUGGGUGGCGGCGGCUGUCACUCCCCGGCCGUUUUCCUUAGGUCUGUGCUCUGCUGGGGGCGGGAGCAAGAGGGGCCGGGUCUGGGGCCUGAGGAGGCGUCGCUGUCUUCGCGGCUGCUAUGACCGGCGGGCGCUGCGCUCUCCACAGCUCGGUGCAGCGCUAGUCUCGGCCGAGCGCCCCUCCGGAAGCCGUCAGGGUCCCCAGCGCGGCCGGUCCUGCGGCCCCUCGGCUCUCCCGGCGCCGCCUGCGAGGCGAAGCGAGGCGAGGAAGGAGAUGAAGAUGACGGUGGAUUUCGAGGAGUGUCUGAAGGACUCGCCCCGCUUCAGGGCUGCUUUGGAAGAAGUAGAAGGAGAUGUAGCAGAAUUGGAACUAAAACUCGACAAGCUUGUGAAGCUUUGUAUUGUGAUGAUUGAUACUGGAAAAGCCUUUUGCGUUGCAAAUAAACAGUUCAUGAAUGGAAUCCGAGACCUAGCACAGUACUCGAGUAAUGAUGCUGUAGUUGAGACAAGUUUGACCAAGUUUUCUGACAGCCUCCAAGAAAUGAUAAAUUUUCACACAAUCCUGUUUGACCAAACUCAGAGAUCAAUUAAAGCACAGCUUCAGAACUUUGUUAAAGAAGAUCUUAGAAAAUUCAAAGAUGCCAAGAAGCAAUUUGAAAAAGUCAGUGAAGAAAAAGAAAAUGCAUUAGUAAAAAAUGCCCAAGUUCAAAGAAACAAACAGCACGAAGUUGAAGAAGCCACAAAUAUUCUGACAGCAACAAGAAAAUGUUUUCGACACAUAGCCCUUGACUAUGUACUUCAGAUUAAUGUUCUUCAAUCAAAAAGGAGAUCAGAAAUCCUAAAAUCAAUGUUAUCCUUUAUGUAUGCCCAUUUGGCCUUCUUUCAUCAAGGCUAUGAUCUGUUUAGUGAGCUUGGGCCUUACAUGAAAGAUCUUGGAGCACAGUUGGAUAGACUGGUUGUGGAUGCAGCAAAAGAGAAAAGGGAGAUGGAACAAAAACAUUCCACCAUUCAACAAAAGGAUUUCUCCAGUGAUGAUUCUAAGUUAGAAUACAAUGUAGAUGCUGCAAAUGGCAUUGUCAUGGAAGGAUAUCUCUUCAAACGAGCCAGUAAUGCCUUCAAAACAUGGAACAGGAAAAAGCCCGAUCAUAUCAGACGCUGGUUUUCAAUACAGAACAAUCAACUGGUUUAUCAGAAAAAGUUUAAGGAUAACCCCACAGUCGUAGUUGAAGACCUAAGGCUCUGCACAGUGAAGCACUGUGAAGACAUAGAGAGACGAUUCUGCUUUGAGGUGGUCUCUCCCACAAAAAGUUGUAUGCUCCAGGCAGAUUCUGAAAAGCUUCGGCAGGCAUGGAUUAAGGCUGUUCAGACCAGUAUUGCAACUGCGUAUAGAGAGAAGGGUGACGAAUCAGAGAAGCUGGAUAAGAAAUCAUCUCCAUCAACAGGAAGCCUAGAUUCUGGAAGUGAGUCAAAAGAGAAGUUAUUGAAGGGAGAAAGUGCUCUGCAGCGCGUCCAGUGCAUCCCUGGCAAUGCCAGCUGCUGUGACUGUGGCCAGGCUGAUCCCCGGUGGGCCAGCAUCAACUUGGGCAUCACCCUGUGCAUCGAGUGCUCUGGGAUUCACCGGAGUCUUGGGGUUCAUUUUUCAAAAGUACGAUCUUUAACUUUAGACACCUGGGAGCCUGAACUUUUAAAGCUUAUGUGUGAAUUGGGGAAUGAUGUUAUAAAUCGUGUUUACGAAGCUAAAGUAGAAAAAAUGGGAAUAAAGAAACCACAACCAGGACAAAGACAGGAGAAGGAGGCAUAUAUCAAAGCAAAAUAUGUGGAAAGAAAAUUUGUGGAUAAGCAUUCUAUGUCAUCAUCACCUCCUGAGCAGGAAAAAAAGAUUGUCUCUAGAGGCUGCGAAGAAAAGAGGCUGAGCAUUUCUAAACUUGGGCCAGGUGACCCGAUUAGAGCAUCUAUCCAGAGUUCAGUCAAAAGUAAUGACAGUGGGAUACAGCAAAGCUCUGAUGAUGGAAGAGAAUCUUUACCAUCUACGGUGUCAGCCAGCAGUUUAUAUGAGCCUGAAGGAGAAAGACAAGAUUCUUCUGUAUUUCUUGACUCUAAACAUCUUAAUCCAGGACUUCAGCUUUAUAGAGCUUCAUAUGAGAAAAAUCUUCCGAAAAUGGCUGAGGCUUUGGCUCAUGGUGCAGAUGUGAACUGGGCUAAUUCAGAGGAAAACAAAGCAACGCCACUUAUUCAGGCUGUAGUAGGGGGCUCAUUGGUGACAUGUGAGUUCCUCCUACAGAAUGGUGCUAAUGUGAACCAAAGAGAUGUCCAAGGGCGGGGACCGCUGCACCAUGCCACCGUCUUGGGACACACAGGGCAGGUAUGUUUAUUCCUAAAGCGAGGUGCCAAUCAACAUGCCACUGAUGAAGAAGGGAAGGACCCUUUGAGCAUAGCUGUGGAAGCAGCCAAUGCUGACAUCGUAACCUUGUUACGUUUAGCAAGAAUGAAUGAAGAAAUGCGGGAAUCAGAAGGACUUUAUGGACAGCCAGGUGAUGAAACUUAUCAGGACAUUUUCCGUGAUUUUUCACAAAUGGCAUCCAAUAAUCCAGAGAAACUAAAUCGUUUCCAGCAAGAUUCACAAAAAUUCUGAGUUCUUUAAAGAAGAGGGACUAUAUGAAAUCUGUUGACUUCUUAAUGUGUGCAGCUGAAAACUCGUAACUUUUACUGUUAUAAUUCUACUUAAUUUUGGUAGAUAUUGAAUGGUCUUGGGGAAAAGUGCCCGUUGAUUGCUAUUUUUAUAAAUCGAAACAUAGACCUCUCAUAGUUGGACGAAGAAUCUACUUUAAUACUUCUUUAAUUGAAAGGAAAAAAAAAAGCCUGCUUAAAGGACUUUUUAAAAAAAUAACUGAAAGUUGAAUCUAGAUUAGGACCACAAGUAGGUUACAAGAGGUUAGGGACAAAACCUCUCUUCUUGCCAGUGAGUAGUGAGUGGCAUUGAUGCUUUGCUUUCUGUGCGUCGUCACCAGGAUCAUUGAAGAAUGUCUCUGUCCAGUGGGAGCCAGUUUUCCCGCCCUUCUCAUGAACAUGUCUUUCUUUAGCUUCUGUGAUGAUUUUCAGUGAUUCAGAAAUAGGUAUAUAUAUAUUUUUCUGGGUAGCCUAACUAUCAUGUACACACUAUAUAAUUUAAUUACUAGAAAUAAAGCAUAUAGCCCCAUUUGUUUAGAAAUACCUUUAUUCUCCUUAGAGAUAGUAGAUUACUGACCAGCACUUAACAGCCAUGUAGUGGCUAUACAAGGAGAUAGUAGUUCAGUCCUUCAGUUAUUCCAUCUUAUGAAGAAAAGAAGCUUUUAAUUCCUUUUUUUUUUUUUAAACCCACUAAAAUGAUCCCAAAGCAAAACUUGGAGCUCUUCAUUGUUGGGUUUAUUUCAUAAAAACUUAACAAAUUAUCAGUGUAAUAAAACUGUGUUGCAAAGAUUACUUGAAUGUUGGAAAAUUAUACUUCAACCAAAAUGUAAAUUCCAAAAGAAAAGUUGAUUUAUUAAAUUUUGUAGGCCUUUUUUAUAUUUGCAACUUGUUAUUUUUAAGAUACUGUUUCCUUUUGCUCCUGGUGAAAGAAAAAUCUAUUUGCCUAACAAAAAAGAAAGCUUGUUUUUCUUAUUAAAAUAUACAGCAAUAAGUUCCUCUUGCUUUUUUCUACAUCCGUUCUUUGUAGUGUAUACAGUAUACAUUCUUUUAAUAAUAUCAUGAGUAUAGUUUUAGAAUUUGGUGAUGUGAAUUACAGACCCUUAAGUUCCAAGAUACUAUGAAUGCACGUAUUUACCAUUUAUAUACUACAAGAUAGUCUGAUAACAUUUUUGACAUGUCAAGUAAUUGGCCUUAUGGUUCCUUUUCAGUGUUGUGAAAAUUUGAGUUUAAUCUUCUUUGAGAAAUUAUGCCGGUAAUGUUAUUGGUACUCA